AUGAUUAAAAUGAAAAUUAUAAAAUUAGUUUUUAUGUUAAUCCCCUUUAUAUAUUAUUGGGGGGGCUCAUAUGCAUAUAUCACUAAUAAAGGAAAUGUAGGUAGUAUCAUGAAUUAUAAUUAUAAAAAUGCGUUUAAUGAGAAAAAAGAAUUAUUGAAUAAAUUUAUCAAAAAGGCAAAACGUCAAUAUUUGAAUUCAAAUAUCAAUAUAUCGAACAUUGGCCCAGGAUUCAAAAAGAUUUUUGACUCAAACUUUUUAUUUGGUUCCAGUUGGAAAUCUCAUAAAGAUUUAAUUAUAAGAAAACUUAAGGGUUUGCGAACGACCAAAAGUAAUAAUACUGUGAAAAAUGUUGCAAUUAUUGUGGCAUCAUGUAUAACAGUAAUAACUGUAAUGCAAUCCAUGAUCAUGCUAAGGAACUUUUUUCAUAAUCAAUACAAAGACAUAAGUAAACAAGAAGAAAUGUUAUUAGGAAGAUCUGAAAGUCCGCACAUCGAAAUUUAA